CUCACACCCGAUCUCCCUAUCCUUUUCUUGCCUUUUACCGUCGCACCUCUCCUACCCGACUCUUUUCCUCUUCCUCUCCCCACCCCCCCGUCUUAUUCUCUUUUCCCCCACCUCUUUCUCUCCCUUUUUCGCUCUUCCACGUCAGACUCAUUUGUCUGUCGUGCCUUGGGAUUGAGAUUUUGCUACCUUUUUGUCGCUCCUUCUGCCUCGUUCGCUCGUGGUAGAGCCGCCUGGAAUUUUCUUGGGGACAAUCACUCCUUUUCUUAACAGGGUUCGACCUUUUCCCAAGUGAAUCAGUUACCCUUGCCGUUCCUCCGCGUACAAUCUUCAAAGCCUCCUAUCGAUAAAAUGGCGUACUACGAACCCCAAGGCUGGCAGGCCCCGACUUCUCGUCAGGCAUCCUGGGAGCAGCCUGUGCCUCCGUCGCGAUCAGGAUCCAGCUCCGUCUCCCAGCGUGACGAUGUCCCCGCUUUCUCCUCUCAGUUUGACGAGGUCGAUCGCGCCAUUGAUAACCUUGUUAAGAGUGGGAAACUUUGGGCGGCACCGCGGAGGGAUUCGAUGCCCAUGAUGGUGGGCCGUCCCCAUCCUGAGUACGGUACGGAUUCUCGACCACCUUCUUCAGCAAGGCACAAUUCUGAACAACAAUUCGCAGACCCGCGCAUGGUCAAUCCGGCUCAGCGCCAUCAUUCGAUUAGCGACUUUGACGGCGCAAGGAUGCACCCGACCCCCAGUAUGCAGGGCUUUUAUGCUUCGCAGCGGUUUCAGGGACGCCCCAAUGAAGUGGAACAGAUGAUGCAAGCAAAGCGUCGGAUGGCGGCACAGCGUGAGAGGGAACUCCGCAACUAUCAUCAGGAGCAGCAGUACAACCGAAGCCUUCUCGCCGAAAUGUCCGCCGGCAAGUCCGAUCGUUCGCUCAGUCCAGCCGCCGUGAACGAGGAAAGUCGCCGAGAGCUCCUGGCCCGACAGCACAGGGCUUUGUACGGCAACGAAAGCCCCGCGUUCUUCCCUCCUACCAGUCUCGCCGACGAAGGCUCCCGGCCUGAGAGCCAGACUGGCAUCCGAGGCGCAUCCCCUCGCAGCGUGGACCCGUUCAGUCAGGGUCCAAUCUCCAGUGGGCCCGAUGGCAUCACUCAGACUAAUGCUGGCCCGUCCGCCAUCCAAUCCCCUUCGCGCGCGAACAGUACCUCUUCUCCGAGUUCUGGUAUCAACCCCGUUUUUGGGAAAUAUGACGGUGCCGAACAGCCAGUGACUUCGGCUUCGUCUCCUGGGGCGGACUCCCCGUCCUCGAGACAGGCGCAGUCGAAAUCAAACGCUGGCCCCAUCGGCUCUGUCGGUCCCAUCGGAACUCGUCCGGCUCCUCAAGCUGGCCCUGCUCAGGCUUCGAACCCUUCCCUGAAUAAGCGAUCGACGACUCCCCUGCCUUCGCCUCUGGGUUUCGGCUUCACGUCCAGUGAAAGCAUUAACGACCGCUCUACGUCGAUGUCGGCCGCACCUAACCCUGCAACCUCCUCGGCCACCGCCCCAGCCGGUAUCAAGGAUCCUUCUGGUGGCGUUGGACUCGGCUGGAGCAACAGCAGCGGUGUCUGGGGCUCUAAGGCCGGGCUGGGCGUCCAAGCUUCUGUCUGGGGUUAA